CUGAGGAACCUCAGACUGUGCGGGACGGUGCCGGACCAUCGUAUUCCUCUUAUCCUGAGGAACCUCAGACUCUGCAGGAUGGUGCCGCCUUUCCAACAGAUAAAAGGCUUUCCUGUACUGAGUGUGGGAAGUGUUCUCGUUAUAAAUCCAAACUUAAUGAGCAUAAAAGAUCUCACGUAGAAGAGGAGGCGUAUUCAUGUCCUGAGUGCGGGAAAGGUUUUUCACAGAUGUUUAGUCUUUACAGACAUCAGAGAUUGCACACAGGCGAGAUGCCGUAUUUUUGUACUGAGUGCUGGAAGUGUUUUGUACAAAAAUCAGAACUUGUCAAACAUCAGAAAUCUCACACGGGUGAGAAGCCAUUUUCCUGUCCUGAGUGCGAGAAAUGUUUUUCAGAGAAGACCCUCCUUAAUAGACAUAUGAGAUUGCAUACAGGUGAAAAGUCAUGUCCUGAGUGCGGGAAAUGUUUUUCACAAAUGUGUAGUCUUUACAGACAUCAGAGAUUGCACACAGGCGAGAUGCCGUUUUUUUGUACUGAGUGCUGGAAAUGUUUUGUAGAAAAAUCAGAACUUGUCAAACAUCAGAAAUCUCACACGGGUGAGAAGCCAUUUUCCUGUUCUGAGUGUGGGAAAUGUUUUUCACAGAAGUCCAAUCUUUACACACAUCAGAGAUUGCAUACAGGAGAAAAGCCAUUUUCCUGUCCUGAGUGCGGGAAAUGUUUUUCACAGAAGAUCAGUCUUUACAAACAUCAGAGAUCUCACACGGGGGAGAAGCCACAUUCCUGUCCAGAGUGCGGGAAAUGCUUUUCAAGCAAGUCCAAUCUUUACACACAUCAGAGCUUGCACACAGGUGAGAAGCCGUAUUCCUGUCCUGAGUGCGGGAAAUGUUUUUCUCAGAAAUCCUAUCUUUACAAACAUCAGAUGUCUCACAGUGGGGAUAAGCCAUUUUCCUGUCUUGAUUGCGGAAAAUGUUUUUCACAGAAGUCCAGUCUUUUCAGACAUCAGAAAUCUCACACGGGGGAGAAGCCGUAUUCCUGUCCUGAGUGUGGGAAAUGUUUUUCACAGAAGUUCGUUCUUUACAGACAUCAGAAAUCUCACACGGGGGAGAAGCCGUUUUUCUGUCCUGAGUGCGGGAAGCGUUUCCAAUCUAAGUCUACUCUUAAUUUGCAUAAAAAAAUUCAUACAGGUGAGAAGCCACAUUCCUGUUCUGAGUGCGGGAAAUGUUUUUCAGUGAAGUCCAGUCUUUUCAGACAUCAGAGAUCACACACGGGGGAAAAGCCGUAUUGCUGUCCUGAGUGCGGGAAGUGUUUUUCAGUUAAGUCGCUUCUUGACACACAUCAGAGAUCACACAGGGGGGAGAAGCCGUAUUCCUGUCCUGAGUGCGGGGAAUGUUUUCCUCAUAAGGCCCAUCUUUCCAGACAUCAGAGAUCUCACACGGGAGAGAAGCCGUAUUCCUGUCCUGAGUGCGGGAAAUGUUUUUCAGAUAAGUCCAAUCUUUCCACACAUCAGAUAUCUCACACGGGGGAAAAGCCGUAUUCCUGUCCUGAGUGCGGGAAAUCUUUUUCAUUGAAGUCCAAUCUUAUCACACAUCAGAGAUUGCAUACAGGGGAAAGGCCAUAUUCCUGUCCUGAGUGCGGGAAAUGUUUUACAUUUAAGACCGCUCUUUCCAGACAUCAGAGAUCGCACACGGGGGAGAAGCCGUAUUCCUGUCCUGAGUGCGGGAAAUGUUUUUUAGAUAAGUCCAGUCUUACCACACAUCAGAGAUCUCACACCGGGGAAAAGCCGUAUUCCUGUCCUGAGUGCGGGAAAUCGUUUUCAUUGAAUUCCAGUCUUAUCACACAUCAGCGAUUGCAUACAGGGGAAAGGCCGUAUUCCUGUCCUGAGUGCGGGAAAUGUUUUACAUAUAAGACCGCUCUUUCAAGACAUCAGAGAGUGCACACGGAGCUGAAGCCGUAUUCCCGUCCUGAGUGCGGGAAAUCUUUUUCAUUGAAUUCCAGUCUUAUCACACAUCAGCGAUUGCAUACAGGGGAAAAGCCGUAUUCCUGUCCUGAGUGCGGGAAAUGUUUUACAUAUAAGACCGCUCUUUCAAGACAUCAGAGAGUGCACACGGAGCUGAAGCUGUAUUCCUGUCCUGAGUGCGGGAAAUCUUUUUCAUUGAAUUCCAGUCUUAUCACACAUCAGCGAUUGCAUACAGGGGAAAGGCCGUAUUCCUGUCCUGAGUGCGGGAAAUGUUUUACAUAUAAGACCGCUCUUUCCAGACAUCAGAGAUCACACACGGAGCUUAAGCCGUAUGCCUGUCCUGAGUGCGGGAAAUGUUUUUCAACGAAGUCCCAUCUUUCCACACAUCAGACAUCUCACACGGGGGAAAAGCCAUAUUGCUGUACUGAGUGUGGGAAAUGUUUUUCAGUGAAGUCCAAUCUUUCCAGACAUCAGCGAUCUCACACGGGGGAGAAGCCGUUUCCCUGUAUUGAGUGCGGGAAGUGUUUCUAUUCUAAAUCUAAACUUAAUAGGCAUAAAAGAUCUCACACGGGGGAAAAGCCAUAUUCCUGUCCUGAGUGCGAAAAAUGUUUUUCACGGAGGACCAAUCUUUCUGCACAUCAGAGAUCGCACACGGGGGAGAAGCCGUAUUCCUGUCCUGAGUGCGGGAAAUGUUUUUCAGAGAAGGCCUAUCUUUCCAAACAUCAGAGAUUUCACACGGGGGAGAAGCCGUAUUCCUGUCCUGAGUGCGGGAAAUGUUUUACAGAGAAGUCCUGUCUUACCAGACAUCAGAGAUCUCACACGGGGGAAAAGCCGUAUUCCUGUCCUGAGUGCGGGAAAUGUUUUUCACAGAAGUCCGGUCUUUACACACAUCAGAGAUCUCACACAGAGAAAAAGCCGUAUUCCUGUCCUGAGUGCGGGAAAUGUUUUUCACAGAAGACCAGUCUUUCUGCACAUCAGAGGUCUCACACAGGGGAGAAGCCGUAUUCUUGUCUUGAGUGUGGGAAAUGUUUUUCAAAGAAGUGCACUCUUGUCAAACAUCAGAGAUCUCACACGGGGGAGAAGCUGUUUCCCUGUACUGAGUGCGGGAAGCGUUUCCAAUCUAAGUCUACUCUUAAUUUGCAUAAAAAAAUUCAUACAGGUGAGAAGCCACAUUCCUGUCCUGAGUGCGGGAAAUGUUUUUCAGUGAAGUCUAGUCUUUCCAGACAUCAGAGAUCACACACGGGGGAAAAGCCGUAUUGCUGUCCUGAGUGCGGGAAAUGUUUUUCAGUUAAGUCGCUUCUUGACACACAUCAGAGAUCACACAGGGGGGAGAAGCCGUAUUCCUGUCCUGAGUGCGGGGAAUGUUUUCCUCAUAAGGCCCAUCUUUCCAGACAUCAGAGAUCUCACACGGGGGAGAAGCCAUAUUCCUGUCCUGAGUGCGGGAAAUGUUUUUCAGAUAAGUCCAAUCUUUCCACACAUCAGAGAUUGCAUACAGGGGAAAGGCCAUAUUCCUGUCCUGAGUGCGGGAAAUGUUUUACAUUUAAGUCCGCUCUUUCCAGACAUCAGAGAUCGCACACGGAGCUGAAGCCGUAUUCCUGUCCUGAGUGCGGGAAAUGUUUUUCAGAUAAGUCCAGUCUUUCCACACAUCAGAGAUCUCACACGGGAGAGAAGCCGUAUUCCUGUCCUGAGUGCGGGAAAUCUUUUUCAUUGAAUUCCAUUCUUAUCACACAUCAGCGAUUGCAUACAGGGGAAAGGCCGUAUUCCUGUCCUGAGUGUGGGAAAUGUUUUACAUUUAAGACCGCUCUUUCCAGACAUCAGAGAGUGCACACGGAGCUGAAUCCGUAUUCCUGUCCUGAGUGCGGGAAAUGUUUUACAUAUAAGACCGCUCUUUCCAGACAUCAGAGAGUGCACACGGAGCUGAAGCCGUAUUCCUGUCCUGAGUGCGGGAAAUGUUUUUCAGAUAAGUCCAGUCUUUCCACACAUCAGCGAUUGCAUACAGGGGAAAGGCCGUAUUCCUGUCUUGAGUGCCGGAAAUGUUUUACAUAUAAGACCGCUCUUUCCAGACAUCAGAGAGUGCACACGGAGCUGAAGCCGUAUGCCUGUCCUGAGUGCGGGAAAUGUUUUUCAACAAAGUACCAUCUUUCCACACAUCUGACAUCUCACACAGGGGAAAAGCCAUAUUGCUGUCCUGAGUGCGGGAAAUGUUUUUCACAGAGUGGCAAUCUUUCCAGACAUCAGAGAUCUCACACGGGGGAGAAGCCAUCACACACGGAGCUUAAGCCGUAUGCCUGUCCUGAGUGCGGGAAAUGUUUUUCAACGAAGUACCAUCUUUCCACACAUCAGACAUCUCACACGGGGGAAAAGCCAUAUUGCUGUACUGAGUGUGGGAAAUGUUUUUCAGUGAAGUCCAAUCUUUCCAGACAUCAGAGA